AUGACGGGCCUCAACCCUGAACUGAAGACGGAUUUCAGGCUCUGGCUCAUUCGCUUUCUUGGCCUCUCUGCUGAGGCUACUCACAAAAGGUGCCAGGUGAAGAUCAACACCUUCUGCAACCAUAGAGCUCAGCGUGCCUCAGAAAGGACCCUCAGCAGCGUCAUUAUUCAUGUUUUACAGAUGGAAAACUUGAGGCAUGGGGAGGAGUCCGAGAGGGAGGAGUGUUGGCUGGAGUUGGAUGGGAGCAUACAAAGAGAUGGGGUGUUUGAUCUGGCAGCCCUGGACUCUGCAGCCUUAUUCGCUACCUGUGAUGUUUGGAGCGAGAGGAAAGGACGUGUCCUGAAGCUGGCUGGAGUGGAGGAUCUGGUAGGACAACAAGGAGCACAGCCGGUAUGCUUGGGGACAAUGGAACUCGAGUUCCAUUCAAAUGAGAAGCCAAAAAUUCAUACAAAAGCCACUUCCAAACUUGCUGAACCUCUUGGACUGCCAAACAUGGGAUGGAAAUCACAGGAGAUGAGGCUUUCUCCUAAGAUCUUCAAUCAGAUCUACAGCCUAGAAGAGCAGCCUUCCUUGGGAUACUCUUCUGCUUUACGUACCAGCUGCGGCCCAGGAGAGCAGAGGCUGCCAUGA